ACACAGUUUUUAUUGGUGAAAUAUGUGUUAUGGUUUACUUUUAGGUUGCAAUCCUUACAAAUAAUAUAUAAAGUAAAAUAUUGAAAUAUAGUUUAGAAAUGAGUAACCAAGGGAUGAGUUAUGAAAUACUGGUGUCAAUUAUCAUGCCCAUUUAUAAUGCUUCUGCAUUUUUAAAUGAAGCAUUUCAAUCUAUCAUUGAACAAACAUGGAAAACAUCUCUAGAAGUUUCUUUAUUUUGUGAUGCUUGCACUGAUGAUUCUUUAGAACUAUGUUACCAAUGGAAACAAAAAUUUAUUGACAAUAAUAUAAAGGUAGUUAUUGGGAAAAAUCCAACCAAAAAUUGUGGUGGUGUUGGGUAUGCGAAAAACCAGGCAAUAGAGCAAAGUCACGGAAAGUAUUUAUGUUUUUUAGAUUCUGAUGAUGUAAUGAUGCCUGCGAGAAUUCAAAUGCAACUUGAGUUAGCAGAAAAUGAUCACCUACUCCUUGUUGGAUCACAAUACAUACGAACCCCUGAAUGUUCUACAAAAAGGUAUACACUCUGGAGUAACAGUUUGACUGACGAUCAACUUUAUUGUCAAAUAUACACAUCAUUUGGGCCUACAAUAAUAAAUCCAACAUGGUUUUGUUCAAGAAAGGUUAUUGAAAAUGCAGGGCCGUUUCUCGAAAGAGUGAAGGGAUUCCCUGAAGAUUUAGAAUUUUUUUAUCGGCAUCUAUUAGGUGGAGGUAGAUUAGUCAAGAUUAAUCAACCUUUAUUGAUUUACCGUUACCAUAUUUGUGGGGCUUCAUUUUCAGUACAUGAAGAUACAAUUUGGAAUUUACGAUUAAAACAGCUGGAAGCUAAUGUUCUUUCAAAAUGGGAGUAUUUUACUAUUUGGAAUGCUGGUAAGCAAGGGAGAAAAUUUUUUCGAACUUUAUCUGAAGAAAAUAAACACAAGGUAAAAGCACUUUGUGAUGUAGAUUCAAAAAAAAUAAAUAAAGGUUUUUAUAAAUGUGAGGUUGUUGGAUCUGAUGGUAAAAAGAUGACAAUUCCAAUAGUACAUUUUAAAGCUGCAAAGCCUCCAUUUGUUAUUUGCGUCAAGAUUAACCUCACUAAUGGCGAAUUUGAAGAAAACUUAAAAUCUUUGAACCUUAUUGAAGGGAAUGAUUAUUUUCACUUUAGCUAAAUAGUCUAUAAUACGACUUAAAUAUUUAUAAUUUGAUUAUUAUUGUUUUGUAUAUUUGUAACUUUUUAAAAUAAUUUUUUUUUGUAUUAGUAACAUAAGUCACUUAAAAAUAAUCUUAAAAUGACUUUUAAUGUGGAACAAGAUACAUUAGGAUGGCUUCGCAAUAAACUCAGUAGCAGUGAAAAUGCAUGGUCAUCAACCACUAUUGCUUCCCAACUCAAUGAGACUAUGUUAAAGUACAUCUAUGACUCAUUUCUUCAGCUAGAGGCAAAA